AAAUACGGAUCGGUUUUCACGUUACAAUUAGGAGUAAAUAAUGUGGUGGUUCUUAACGAUUGGGAGGCUGUGAGGGAUGCCUUCAAUAAGGAUGCCUUCUUAGGCAAACCACUUCACUCGGCGUUUACUGUGGCCAAUGAAGCUAAAAGUUUAGUCGAUGAAAAUGGAGACGUAUGGAGGGAUCAGAGGAGGUCUGCCUUACAAGUGCUCCGAGACUUAGGCUUCGGUAAGGGCUCUAUGGAGGACAGGAUCACCGAUGAGAUCAGUUAUCUCACGAAAUGUAUCGAUGAGAUUAAUGGUGAGCCCAUGGAUAUACACGAAGUACUGGUGCCGAGUAUGUCCAACAAUAUCUGUCACCUGGUGUUUGGCCACCGAUUGGAUUACAAUGAGCCCCGAAGAAAGAUCUUUGACAAACUCUUAGACGAGGCCUCAUCCAGGUUCUCCAUUAUAGGAACGAUAGCCAUGUCGCCCAUUUGGUUCAGCAAAAUAUUUUUUAAGCUUGAUAUAUGCGAUAGGCCUAACAUGGGUUGGUUUAUGCAGAGUGUGGGGAGUUUGGAAAAAAUAGACCCCCAAUCCAUUGGUACUGAAAAUCAGCUGCGGUUGAGUGAACAGGGUCUC